CAUGGUCACAUGAAGAAGAACCCUUAAACCUCCAUCUAGUCGUGUGCCGCACUUUCCCCCCUUUCUCAACCGCUUUAACAUGCCGCCAUGGCUGUAAUUCUUGAGGCUGUUGGUGUGUUUCUGGGGACCUCCCAUUUUCUGGGAGCCAUGGUGUUCCUAAUUCUCAUAUGGGUUGCCUUCCUCGUCGGUGUAGCCAUUGGUUGGGUGUGGAAGCCCAGUUGGGCACCCGGUUUAACCCAACUGGGUAGUUUGGUUUCUUCUUCUUCUUCUGCUGCUGCUGCUGCGCACAAAUUGGUGGAUUCUUCGCCUUCCCGGUGUCCGGCUUCUCCGUUGAAGGGUUUUGGGUCGGCCCCUUGCCUCACGUCCUUCUUGCUCAGCUCGCCUAAUUUGGUGGGUACCAGCUCACUUGCCGUCAACCAAUCUCAAUUUGAAGAUUCUCGGUAAACCUUCACUUCACAAUCAUUUACUCUCUUUUCUUGUGAUGCUAGAUGGGUGAGUGAAAGUUGCAUGCUUUAUCAAUUGUAUCUGGACCCAACUCAGGAUUUCACUGUUGUAUUGGAUCUAUGACUUGCCCUUCAUUAUGAUGGCGAGUACUUUUUUCAUUGAUGAAACUCUUGUGUCCAGUGGAGGAUCCCAGCUGGAUGAUGAACGGCCUAAUGCUGCUGAUCUGGUCACAGAAGAGGAUUUGGUGUAUCUCCAUAACCUUGUGGAAAUGAAAGAUGGAGGUCCUUCAUGGAUACAGAUGAUGGAUCGUUCCACACCAGGCAUGACUUACCAAGCAUGGAGGAGAGACAUCAAGGAUGGUCCACCUCAAUAUCGUACGAGAACUGUUUUCGAGGAUGCCUCACCGGAGAUAGUGAGAGACUUCUUCUGGGAUGACGAGUUCCGGCUAAAUUGGGACGAUAUGCUAGCUUGUGUGGCUGUUGUAGAUGAGUGCCCCACAACAGGGUCCAUGGUCGUGCAUUGGUUAAGAAAAUUUCCCUUCUUCUGUAGCGACAGAGAGUACACAAUAGGCCGGCGAAUCUGGGAGUCUGGAAGGUCUUAUUACUGUGUUACAAAGGGAGUACCUUAUCCUUCCAUCCCAAGGCGUGAUAAACCAAGGCGUGUGGAUUUGUACUACUCAAGCUGGUUUAUUCGACCAGUGGAAUCUAGAAGAGGGGAUGGCCAACUGACAGCAUGCGAGGUUCUGCUCUUCCACUACGAAGACAUGGGCAUCCCAUGGGAGCUCGCGAAGCUUGGGAUUCGUCAGGGAAUGUGGGGAACGGUCAAGAAGAUUGAGCCUGGGUUGCUUGCUUACCAAACGGCAAGAGCAUCGGGAGCAGCACUCUCUCGCACUGCCUUCAUGGCUCAGAUCAACACGAAACUGAACCCCGAGUUACUGAAAUCACUGCGAGGCAGCACCAAGGAGGUAUCAAUGGCAGAGGCCGAAGCAGAGAGCUCGUCUGAUCAAAGUUCAGGCACGAACGUACCGAAGAUGUUGCUUAUAGGUGGACUUAUCGCGGUUGCUUGCAGCAUCGACCGAGGUCUCCUGACGAAAGCAUGUGUGUUUGGGUUAGCUAGAAAGUUAGGGAAUUUGGGGAAGAGACUCAGCUGAGGACAGAAGAUGUUAGUAACUUAGUAGUAGUGAUGGUUGUAUAUGUGUAUGAUAUGGAAACCAGGAGCAAUAAUGUUUAUUGUUGAAUGAAGUAGGCUGUUCGAGCUCUUGAUCAUCUUUUGUUCCCCAUGUAAAUUCUUGAGGUUUGUUUGUCUAUUGCCAAUCGAUUCUUCCUCCUGCU